CUUAAUAAUGGGUUUGUUUAUUGUAAUACUUGUGCAGAAGUUUUCAGGGUUGGUGUAUUUGUCAAUUGUGAUGCUAGUACUAGUGCUUCUGAACUUGACAAUUUUGAUGCUAGAAUUAUUGAGCUUGGUGUAUUUGUUAAUUAUGAUAUUAGUGCUGGUGUUCCUGAACUUGGUAAGUUUGUUAGUUGCAAUAUUGGUGCUAAAAUUAUUGGGCUUGAUAAUACUGUUUGCACUAUUUGUAUUUUAGUACUUUGA